GCCAGUUACCGUGUGGUCACUUCUCUACACCCAGUCAUUUUUCUUUCUCUUGUUUGUGCUACUCUGACACGACCAUGUGGGGAAUGAAACAUCUGCUGAUCCUGUCAGUGUUUGUGCUCCUGGCAAGGUGUCAGCAAAAGCCACAAGUUACUGUGUUACCCACACUCAAGAAGAUCUUCUCUGGGGACUUGAUUUUUCUGAGCUGCGACAACGGUGGAAGCAGUGUGAAAUGGUACUUCAAAGGCCAGGAACAACAGCAGACGAACAAAAACUGGAAGAUAGGAGUUGCUUCACCUAAGCACUCGGGCUCGUAUCAAUGUGAGAGCAAUGGGCAAAAGAGUGACAUUUUUCCCAUUGACGUCCUGGAUCACGUUCCCACUGCCUCACUCACCAUCAAGAUAGGCCAGCCAGUGGUGCAGACGGGAGGUUCAGUUGUCCUGCAGCUUGACAAUGAGGAUGGUCUGCAGGGAUGGAAGUGCUGGGUCUACAGGGGAAAAGGACCAGAGGGGACAAAAAGGAUUGCGCUGAGGUUGAAAAAUGACAGUGAGAAUGUCGUCUUUCAAACCAAGAGACUGGAAAUCCCAGAGACCGUUUUCUGGUGCUCUGAUAAUGAGCAACGCAGAAGUAACCAAGUCAUCGUCAGGACCUCAGACAAGGAAAUAUCACUGGAAAUGUAUCCUCUCCCUGCCGUAGUUGGGGAGAGUCUGAGCCUGAGGUGCCUUGCCUGGGGCACAGAUCAAAUUAGCAGCACUGUUUUCUACAAAAACAAUGCAGUCCUUCUGGAAAGUCAUAGUCCUACCCUCGAAAUCUCUAAAGUGACAGAAUCUGAAAGUGGAAGCUAUCGGUGUAAUGCCAUCUUCACACACAAGGCGCACACUGAUGGGCCCCCAAGCAAUGUGAUGUCUGAUGAUCAAGAUGUGUUUGUCCAAGUGCCUCCUAUGAGGGCAGUUCUCUCUGCAAACACUGGCAUGUCGUGCUCUUGUCCACAAUGUCCCAGUGAUAGUUCCUAUCGCUGGUACUACAAGAAGUCUGUUGAGCCAUGGGCACGUAUGGAUUCUGACAAGGACAACAUGAUGCCGAAAGAGGGUGGUACUUAUGCAUGUAGAGCUGUGUGGGCUAGCGGGAGGUCUUUACUCAGCAACAGUCACGUUCAUCAACCUAUGAUCACAUUCAUUCUAAUAGGUGUGAUCACUGUGCUGGUAAUCCUAUGUUUAGUAGUGGUGCUUAUUUACAUAUACUAUAAGAAGAGAAAUACCACAGGACCAAUCUACGAGGAUAUGCCGCUGAGGUCACGAGACAAAGGUGAUGACCAAUAUGAGGGGCUGCAGAGGGGUGCCCAAAGGGAGGGCGAGUACGACACCCUUAACCCAGAAGCACCGGGUAGAGAGAAGAAAGAGGGCCAAUAUGAAGCACUGAAGAAAGAGGGGAUGACAAGUGGGGAGUACGACACUGUGAGGAUGGAGGGGGCAGUUGGAGGAGAGUCAGGGUAUGAAGCACUGAAGAGAGAGGGAAUGAAAGAGGGGGUAUACCACACCCUGGGGAUGGAGGGGGCAGAAGGAGGAGGGAAGGAGGGAGGGUAUGAAGCACUGAAGAGAGAGGGGAUGAAAGAGGGGGUAUACCACACCCUGGGGAUGGAGGGGGCAGCAGGAAGUGAGUGA